CCCAGAGAGAAUCGAGGAUCAACCAGCGACGACCAAUUUAGAAAUUGAAUUAGAUUUGAGCAGUUAUUUAUCCCGACCGGUUGGGUGUGUAGCACUUAAAUUUGAAUAGAAAAUGUCGUACAAAUUGACCUACUUCAAUCUCACCGCUUUGGGCGAACCCAUCAGGUUGAUCCUGCAUUAUGGCAAGAUUAACUUCGAAGACAACCGCAUCGAAUACGGAGACGACUGGCCCACCGUUAAACAAACGUUGCCGCUGCCUUACGGGCAAAUGCCGAUUCUCGAACACGACGGGAAACUCGCCCAUCAAUCGCUAGCCAUCUGCAGAUACGUCGCCAAAUUGGCGAAAUUGGUCGGAGAAAACGAUUGGGAGAACUUGGAAAUCGACGCCGCCGCCGAUACGGUGAACGAUUUCCGCCAGAAAAUCGGCCAGUUCUCGUACGAAAAAGACCCCGACGUUAAAGAGAAGAAAAAGGAGGCGCUCUUCGGCGAAAUCCUGCCGUACUACGUCGAGAAAUUGGAGGAGCAGAUCAAGAACAACAACGGCUACUUGGCAGCCGGGAAGUUGACUUGGGCCGAUUUGUACCUGGUGGGUAUAUUGGACUACUUGAACUGGAUGUUGGGCAAAGAUCUGCUCGAGGAGGCUCCGCAGAUGAAGGCUCUCUACGAGAAAGUGCGCGGGAUUCCCGAGAUUAAGGCGUACAUCGAUCAGCGCCCGAAGACGAUGAUGUAAAAGGCGAUGAAAUUGUCCAUCGUAGAUUAGACUGAACUAAAGGUAUACGUCGAAUCGUUAAUUUUCUAUUGAGUGUAUUGGAUUUCUCGAUGGGCUUUCGAUGGGAAAUUUUUGUACUAAUAAAAAUAUAUUUUCACUAACAUUUGCAAUUAUUCCAUCGCUUAUUUGCUAUUGCUAUAUUUAUACGUUUUUAUUGUCGCAUAGAAUUUUAAUAAUAAAGUAAUAAAUAUAA